ACUUAUAAAUAUAUAGAGUGCGCUCUGGAGUGGCGGGAACGACGAGCAAGGACCGCAAGAUCCUUUGGAGGUGCGCGCAGAUUGACCGUUUGGCCCUGGGGACGAGCCGAGGCGCGAGAUGGCGACUACGGACUUAUGCGACGGCGACUACUUGGGCGCCUAUCGGCGCUUCCUCGAGCACUUCGUCGCCAACGUCUGCAGGGACGAUCAGCUGCCGGUGAAGACGAGUCGCAGGGACGUGAGGCUCUGCGAGGUCGUCGGCGAGAUCGCCGACAUCACCCUCCAGCAUCUGAAUCAGAGAAUUUGUCCAUCUAGUUUACAAGCAUAUUUAGUGAAAUUGGUAAUAGAUGAAUUUAAAAUCCUAUUUCAAAAACAGCCGGAGAAGUGUGGCUAUCGAUUAGAAGAUAACACAUUCUCGUCCUUAAAGUUGAUGCAAGCUGUUACAAAUAAAGUUAAUGAAAUAUGUCAGCGUUACUUGGACAAUAGUAGAUUGGCAUUACUGCCUCCACCUCCGUCCAUACCAACACCGUUAGCAUCUUCGCAUGCAAUUAGAAAUAGAAGAAGAAAAAUGGAAGACCGAUCUGUAGUUUUACAUGAUUUGCAUACAAUGUUCAGUAUUAAGAGUGAUGCCGUUGUAAAUUAUUACGCAGUAUUUGAUGGUCACGCAGGACAAGAAGCUGCUACAUAUUGUGCAGCCCAUCUUCAUCAGUAUUUAGUUGAAAGUCCAUAUUAUCCUGCGAAUAUUGAAGUUGCCUUACGCGAUGCUUUUCAAACAACAAACAAUCGAUUUAUGGAAUGUGACGAUACAAAAAAUAGUGGUGCUACUGCUGUAUGUGCUUUAUUAUAUGAUAAGACUUUGUAUAUUGCAUGGGCCGGAGAUUCUCAAGCUGUAUUAAUAAAGAAUGGAAGAGGUAUUAAUUUGACAAUUCCCCACAAGCCAGAGAGACCAGAUGAAAAAUUAAGAAUAGAAUCUUUAGGAGGAGAAGUUAUCUUUCAUGGUUCGUGGAGGGUUAAUGGUAUUUUAAAUAUUUCAAGAUCAUUAGGAGAUGUUAAGUAUAAGCCUUUUGUGUCUGGCGAACCAGAAAUAAAACGAAUAGAACUCGAUGGUACAGAGGACUUUCUAAUUGUUGCCUGUGAUGGAUUUUGGGAUCGUGCCACCGAGGAAAUUGUCGCUUCACUUUUAUACGAAUAUGUCUGCUCCAGUAACUGCAAUUACGACUUGACGAGCGUAGCAUUGGUGAACUGGGCUAAGCAGAACCUGUGCGAGGACAAUAUCUCGGUGAUCGUUGUCUUCCUCACGCCGCCCGCCGAGAUCGCGGCCAAGUCCUUCUUCAACCCGCGGCCCGUGCAUUGCCCCUCAAGCAUGGAAUCCGGCUACCAGGAGCAGCAACCUUACGACCUCGACUUUGGCUUCGGCAAGCAGCAACAACAGCAACAGCAGCCACAGCAGCCACAGCCGCAACAACAACAGUCGCUCAUCCAGCUUCAGCAGACGAACGGCGGCGACGUGGGCCUCGCUGAGACAUGCACCGCCAGCGCCAUCCUCGAGCCAAUCAAUGGCAGACAUCGACCCAAGCCCCCGCGGUAUAAUGACGACGAUGACGACGAUGACGACGAGGAAGAGGAGGAAGAGGAAAACGAUUUGGAGGAGGAGCAGGAAGAGGACGAGGACGAGGAGGACGAAGACGAGGACGUAGACCUCGGACCGGAGACAAACGUCGAUACCGUCGAUGAUAUACCCGAGGAGUUUGGGAAGCUCGACCAAGCCAUGGGUCAGAACUACCCAGCGGAAUUUCUGGUGAAGAUGCCUGCCAAGAGGGAAGAGAACGAUUUCUCUCUCGAGGGAAUCCAAAGCCAUCGUAAUGAACUGAUUCCCGAGGCGGAUAAUGUAGCGGACAGUGAGGACAGCGAGGACGAGUGGAACUAUUACCGGCCGGGCGACAACAAGAGCGGCGCCAACGCCGCCAGCGUCAUUGGACAGAGCAAGGAUCCAGCCCUCGUGGAAAAGCCUGACCAAUGCGAAGAGGAGAAGGAGCUUUGUAGCCCCAAGCCUUUCGAGAACAAUAAUUUGAUUAAUCAGCCGGUGAGCAGCAGCAGCAGCAGCAGCAGCAGCAGCGCGGAGGUCGACGCCGAGGCUGACGGUGACGCCGAGGCCGACGCCGACGCCGAAGCCGACGACGUCACUGCCGAAUACGACGAGCUGCACAAGAUCGCGGACACGAAGAAACGGGAAUCCGAGCCCGAGCUCAGGCAAACCGAUAUUGAAGCAGCAACCAUUCCCGAGGACAUUUUCUCUUUCGUCAAAGAGCCGCAAAAGCAGUUGGAGGACCACCGCUACUUCGAGGACAACGAAUACGACGAGCACGAGCACGAGCACGAGCACGAGCACGAGCACGAGCACGAGUACGAGCACGAGCAGAAACCAGAGCAUUUUGAGGAGCAAGAGCCGCAGGUAGAGCGAGAGCCGGAGUCGGAGCCGAGGGAACAAAGUGAGAUCGAGGCCGAGAACAGCGACGUCGAGCUCGAAGAUAUGGAAUCCCACCUGAACCCGAACGCUGCCGAGUUCGUGCCCGUCUCGAGCACACCCCCGAUGAUUUCCGAGCGCAUGACCGAAAUGAGCAGUGACCUCAUCGCGGGCUCGCCCCUCAAACAGUUCCAGCACGCUUUGAAGAACUCCAAAAUCCCAAGCGAGCAGGAGUUCCAGAACGAAAUCUGCCACAGGCCCAGCGAACUCGACGACGACAUAAGCGACUACUCCAACAGUGGUUCCUCGCCUCAAAAGAACCUCUUCGAGGCAUUCGAGGCCUUUAAAGACGAAGAGCCGCUGACCCAGGACAGCAGCACCGUCCAGCUGAAUCUCGACGAGUCGGAGAUUUCAUCGACCAAGGCCGAGUACAAUGACUCCACGGCCAAUUACUCGGUGGCGAGUGAACUGUAUAAGACCAGCGUAUACCCGAUCGACAGCUCGUACGUCGGCUCCGACCGCGAGGACUUUAACUUCUCGAGGGACGCGAUGGUCACCUCCAUGACACCUGGCGACUUCAAGGCCGUGUUCGAGCAGGAGCUCGACCUCAACAAGGUCCACGAGCUCAACGACGAGGACCUCGUAACCGAUCUGCAGAACGGCACCAUUCACGAGAACGACGAGAACAUGAGCGUGGACGACGAGGACGAGUUCGCCCGGGAAAAAGUCGACCUCCAUCUCGACAACUUCGACGCCCAGCAGCAGCAACAGAGUGCCGAGGUAUUCUCGGCGAUUGUCGAGCAGAAGGAGUCCGACAAUAAGGACCUUUUCAUGAACAUGCGCAACGCCGAGCACGAUCUGCUAGCGCAGCCGAAGGAGGAGCGCAACUUGAUAGACGACGCCGAGAACCAACUGCUAGCACAGCCGAAGGAGCAGCGUAAUUUGAUAGACGACGCCGAGCACCAACUGCUAGCGCAGCCAAAGGAGCAGCGCAACUUUAUAGACACCGCUGAGCACGAGCCCAACGUCGACCGCCCCGCGCCCAUCUCGGCCGACGUCACCCCCACUUAUGCCAGCAACAAUCCCUUCGCGGUCGAUUACGUAUCCGCCGCCGAUCCGGAAUUCGACAACCAGAAUCUCGCCGACGGCCACGACGAGAUCGAGGAGCAGCUACUGCCGAUCAGCAACGACGAGCCCACGCAAAAAGCACCGAAGCCCGAGAUCGUGCAAAACAAUGUUUUUCGCGACGAGGUCAUGCAAAAUCCUCUCGAUUUGAAUUUCGAAGUCUCUUCUGUGGAGCAGAGGAGCGACGAGCCGGUACUCGUGUCGCCCGUCAACGAACCCGAGGUAAUGACCAGCAAAUUCGCCGAGGAAAAUUUCAUUUCCGAAGCCGUGGAGGCUUUGCAGCGGGAAUCGAACGGAGCCCAACAUGACGAGUUUUCCAAAAUAUUUGGUCUGGCUAGGGACGCAAGCGGCCCUCCCGCUCCUUCCGAUCCGGAGAUAAAUCAGCAAGCAAAAGCAUCGCAACUCGACGAUUUACAGACAAAAUCCAUUAACUUGUCCGAGUCAUUGCAGGAAUUUACCGGCCUGGAGGAGCAGCUCAGUCCGACACAGGCCUUAAUCCAAGAUAGCGUUAAUCUCGAGAAGUCAAAUAUCGUGGAGGAAAGUCCUUCGCACGAGCAGCCGCAAAUCUCGCAAGACGCUCCUCCCGAGGAGUGCCGAAUCCUUAAAGAAAGCCUCGUGGACGAGCAGAAGGACGUGGAGGAAGUGCCGCCACCAUCGACAACCACGGAAACCCAGCUCGAGGAAAUUCCCUUGAUUACGAAUGAAACUGAAAUCGCCGCAGCGGCCAGCGCCGCCGACGCCUCCGCCUCCGCCGCCACAACCACACGACACGACACGACCACAACCGACCAGUUAAUGAAAGAAACUCCGAAUUUCGCAUUUCCGGUGUCGAACGGUGUCAGCGAGACAGCAGCUACGGUAUCGGCAGCAACAGCGGCGGCGGCGGUAGUGGCAGUCGCCGUUGGAAUGUCAUCUACGACAGCGGCAGCGAGCCCGGACGCGGCCACCUCGACAAUUACCGUCGCGGCCGACACGGCCACCAAAGUCGUCGCAAAACCAACUACGACGGCUCCAAAAAUUUCCAAGACCCCAGGCGCGUCCAAGGCGGCCGCGACAAAAUCAACGACGCCCACCUCCCCCACCAAGGUCAACAGCCUCGGCUCCAAAACAGGAACAACGAGCGCGACUGCAAAGAAACCAUCAGUUUCCACCACAACUCGGACGAAGACUACCGGCGGUCUUACGAGCAAACCCUUCACCGCAACUCCCACCAAGACGACCGCCGCAGCCAAGCUCACGAGCGCCUCGAAGGUCACCUCGACCACGUCCACGAUCACCAAUGCUGCCGGUAAAACGGCUGCCGGCCGCUCAAGCCUCAACGCGUCCGCUCCGAAGCCGAAGCCCGCGAGCGCCAACGUUGCGGGCCCCAGGGUGAGCUCGACGUCGAGCGACAAGAAGCCCAGUACCAACGGUGACGUGAAAGGUCUCGGUAAAACCGCGACAGCGUCGGUGCCCAAGACGAGCGCGAAGCCUAUACUCAAGACCCUCGACAGUGCUCCAAAGGCCGCGAAGACAACUAGAACGACCUUGAUAAAGACGACGUCGAGCGUGCGCGCGAAAACCAGCGCAACCGUACCGAAGCCGCGUCCGAGCACCGCAACCCCGACGACGAGGCCGACAAGCAACGGCACCGCGAGACCCAAGACUGCGCCCACCUCGACGCUCUCCACCACCACCGCCCCGAAGACUAAGCCCGUCAGCGCCAAGUCGCCGAUGAUCGACAAGCAGGUGAAGGAGACGGCCAACAAGCAAAUUUCCUCGGCGCGUGCCGCCGCCGCCGCAGUAGACUCUACCGUAGCCGCAGCCGCAGCCCCAAAGCCAAGGCUGUCCAUGACGGCCCCGAGUAAGCGCGUCUCCGUUGGCGUCGCUUCGCCCGCGAAGAAGCCGGCCCCGAUAACGAAACCCGGCAUAAAGGGGACGAGCAACACGACUCCUAAAGUCGGCGCCAAGGUCCCAGCUUCUUCCGCGAUCAAAAGCGGCGUCGGCGCGGUCACAGCCAAAGUCGUACAGAAUGGCGUUUGCGAGGCCGAGGAGAUAAAGAUGAAUGCAAACACAAUGACGACGACGACGACGACGACGACGACAACGACGACGAAGACAACGGUUAUAACGAAUAUCGAGGAGGACAUACCGAAGAAAGAUGUGUCGCCGAUCGAGCCGCUCACCGAUAAUCAGCUCAUCACCGCGGAGUGAAGGGGACCUGCUGCUAGUACGCUAUGAUGGAAGAAGGGCGACUGAUCAUCCACGGACAACACCCUCUCGUUUUAUCUGCUCUCUCUCUCUCUCUCUCUCUCUCUCUAUCUCUAUCUCUUCAUUAACUACUAUCUUAUCAAUAUGUAAUUGUCUGUCUUUAUACCCAUUUCCUCCCGCUCCAUUCCCUUAAUUCUUCAUCCUACAUCAUAAUUUAUCGGACAAAUCCAGAAAAUUCUUUUCCUAUUGAGAGAAAUCAGCAUAGCUUAUAAGUACUAUUGAACGUUAAGGCCAAUAGUUUUACAUCUCUUUAUUUUGCAUUAAGUUUCGAGAAGGACGGAUACCCCAAUGCGCAUCCACAGUAGUAGUUAGGGAACGUUAAAUUGGAAACUUUUUAAUAUACUCAAAUAAUUAUACAAAAAGUAAAAAAAAAAAAAAAAAACGUAAUAUAUAUAUAUAUAUGUAUGAUUUUAAGGAAAAAAAAAAGGCAAGAUAUAUCAAUCUAUAUUCAAAGAUCAUUAUAAUAAUAUAACUAUUCACAUAUUUGCUUGACUGCUUCGGUGUGCUGUGAAACCUCCUAUUGAAACUUAAAGAAAAACACGGCAGUGGAUAAAAGGCUUGAACUUUUGUUGUGUAAAUAAUCGGACGCGUUCGAAGUUACGUUAUUAUUGUAAUUGUAUUUUAUGCAAGCUCUGAGUAUGCGUAAUAAUGUGGUGCUCGUCGAAGGCCUUCAACUAAAUGAAGAGACGUCAUUGAGGGAUGAUUUACGAUUGAUGAUAAAGAAUCGAUGAUGCUUGUAGUACGAAUUUACUCGCACACAAAUACACAGCAACACAAACGUACACACUCGACUUUCUCUUUACAAAGAUGCGGUACAAUGAAUUUGGAGUAUAUUGUUGGUAACUCCCCGUUGCGGCGAUUUAACUGUUCACAUACAAACGAAGCUGGACGUUUUUUUUUAUUUAUUUUAUUUUUUUUUUU